CGUGAUGUGCUUCUCCUGCCUGAACCAGAAGAGCAAUCUGUACUGCCUGAAGCCGACCAUCUGCUCCGACCAGGACAACUACUGCGUGACCGUGUCUACUAGUGCUGGCAUUGGGAAUCUCGUGACAUUUGGCCACAGCCUGAGCAAGACCUGUUCCCCGGCCUGCCCCCCUCCCAGAAGGCAUCAAUGUUGGUGUGGCUUCAUGGGCAUCAGCUGCUGCCAGAGCUUCCUGUGCAAUUUCAGUGCAGCCGACGGCGGGCUGCGGGCAAGCGCUACCCUGCUGGGCGCCGGGCUGCUGCUGAGCCUGCUGCCGGCCCUGCUGCGGUUCGGCCCCUGACCGCCCAGACCCUGUCCCCCGAUCCCCCAGCUCAGGAAGGAAAGCCCCAGCCCUUUCUGGAUCCCACAGGGUAUGGGAGCCCCUGACUUCUCACGUGCCUGAUCUGUGCCCUUGGUCCCAGGUCAGGGCCCACCCCCUGCACCUCCACCUGCCCCAGCCCCUGCCGCUGCCCCAAGUGGGGCCAGCUGCCCUUACUUCUGGGGUCGAUGAUGUGACCUUCCUUGGGGACUGCGGAAGAGACGAGGGUUCCCUGGAGUCUUAGGGUCCUUCAUCAGGACCAAGUCCCAUGGACACGCUGACAGCCCCCAGGGAGGCUGUGUCAGUAGGGAUGUGUGCCUAGCUGUGUACGUGGGUGUGCAGUGCAUGUGGGAGCACGUGGCGGCUUCUGGGGGCGGUGUUUGGGGAGGGAGGGUGCCGGCAGCCUGGAGAGCCUCAGUCUCCUGUAGCCCCUGCCCUGGCACAGCCGCAUGCCGUCAAGGGCAGCCUUUGGGAGCUGGGAUUUCUGCCGCUUCCAGGUCUAGGCCCCGCCCCAAAUCCAGCCAGUCCUGCCCCAGCCCACCCCUACAUUGGAGCCCUCCUGCUGCUGUGGUGCCUCAAAUAAAUACAGAUGUCCCCCA